AUGUCCUUUGAUUUGGAAAUUUUUGUCUUCUAUAAUUCAAUCUACACUCCUCACUCCAAUCAAACCCAAACUCAAUCCUCAAAUAUGAAAUUCUACAAUAUUGCUGCUUUUGCCUUCCUUGCUUCCUUCUCACAAGCUGCUGUUGCUCAAUAUGGUUCAGAAACCAAAAGAGAUGUUGUUGCCGCCAAUGCUGAUGGUACUGUUGGCUUCAACGUAGUUGGUAAAAGAGAAGUUUCUCAAGAAGAAAUCCAAAACGUCAAGAGAGACACCAUUGGUGAUAUUGUUAACGAAAUCAUUGCCGAAGGAGAAGUUCUUGUUCCAGAGGUUGUUGCUUUCCUUGAAAAAGUUCUUCCAGAAGUUGUUGAUGCUCUCUUAAGACUUGCUCCAGCCCUUCUUGGUGGUCUCGCUUAG